AUGAAACUAACGGAUCAAAGUGGACGAACAUUAUGUGUUAUUGAUUUCCCUAUUCGAAUACGAACAUAUGAUCGUAUUACUGUUCUAUUUCAUUACUUAAUUCCAUUUUGUAUUCAAAUAUUGUCCAUAACGAUUCUAAUCAUUCUGUCAGCACGGAAUCGUUCUCGUUUUGGUAACAGUCAUGAUACAUUUAUGGAAUAUCUUAAACGGCAAUUUCGACGUCAAAAAGAAUUGUAUAUUCCACCAUCUGUUAUUGUACUAAGUGGUUUACCACAAGUUAUUUUUUCGUUUAGUUUUGCAUGUCGUCAACUGGUUACAUGGCAACAACAUGUGUUACUAAUCGCAUAUUUUAUAUCUUUUACACCUCAAUUACUCGGUUUCAUCAUCUAUGUAUUACCAUCAACUAAUUAUAUGAAAGAAUUUCAAACAACGAAAUUAUCAAAAACACAUAUCUUUCAAUUGAUAUUAUGGAAGAAAAAAAAUCGAACAAGAAAAUAA